AUGCUCCUCCACGCCGACGAUCACCACGAAGCAUCAAUCGGGUCACUCUCUGCUUGUGGCAAGAUUCCCUCGGCGCUGCACCCAUCCGUGCCACUCUCCCCGCUCCCCGAUCCACGAUCCCUGUCUCCCUGGUUCCCACUCCUCUCGAAGAAAGAGAGCCGUGCCCCAUGCGUGCCGUCCUCACUUAAGCCAAAGAGCCAAUCUCGUGUUGCACAUGGUGUGAGCUCUUCCCUUUUGGCGCACAGUCGCACCGACCUCAUUUCCUCUUUGGCGCGACAUUGCGUUACACUUACGGGCACGGAGCAGCAGCAGCAGCAGCAGAAGCAGAAGCAACCACCGCAGCAACCACCACCAUUGGAUCAGCAUAGCACCACCCAGGCAAGCAGCCGGUGCAUGUGCAUCGUGAGAAAGUUUGCUGGAGGCAUUCCCACAAGUAUUGGGAUUGUGCCGCACUCCUGCUCUCGGUUCUCGGCCUCGGUCAGCUGUGACACUUGUUUGGCGCAUUUCGGCGAGAUUGGGUUUGGGUUUUUUGGGAUUGGGCCAUUGACGAAAUCCACCUGCCCGAGGGGUAAUAGAGCCGAUUCCCAGUAA